AGUCACCAUGAGGCGAGCAGAGCGGCAAACCCUCGGCAGCGCUCGCUCUUCUCACUUUAUUUCAGCUUCAGGAAGAGCCAUGGAGGCCGCGCUCAUCUUCCUGUGCUCCCUGCUGGUGCCCGCAGCCCUGGCAGACGUGGCCACCCAGGAGAAGGAGGAGGAGGAUCCCUUUAACUAUGAUUACCAGAGCCUGAGGAUCGGGGGGCUGGUGUUCGCCGUGGUCCUGUUCACCGUGGGCAUUCUCCUCAUCCUCAGCAGGAGGUGCAGGUGCAGUUUCAAGCAGAAGCCCAGGGCUCCAGGGGACGAGGAGGCUCAGGCAGAGACCCUGAUCACCUCGAACGGCUGGCAGGACGGGCCGUGCUGCCCGCUCCGCUCCAGCAAAAGGCGGUCGCAGCCUGUGUGUGAGCCCAUCCUCGGCCGGUCACCGCGGCGGGAGGUGAAGCCCAGCAGGGCGGACAAUGGGAACGGGAGGGAGCGCCGCGACAAGGACGCGCAGCUCGGGGUGCCCAGCCCUGCCCACGGCUGGCACGGGGUGCCCACUCGCAGAGCGAGGCGCCCGCCGGAGCGACGACACGCCGAGGCCAUGGGGGACGAGCAAGUGCCUGAGCAGGGCCAGGACAGGUUCAGCUACGACUAUGACACCAUCCGCAACGGGGGGCUCAUCUUCGCAGUCGUGGCUUUUGUCAUCGGGCUCCUCAUCAUCCUCAGCCAGCGGUUCCACUGCGGAGGGAGGAAGAAGAGGAGACAAGGGAACGAGGACGAGCUGUAGGUGCAGAGCUGCGGUGCCCCCAUGGAAGCAGAGCUGCAGCCGAAGCCCAGCACUCCUGGCCAGCGGCCACCCCUGACCCCGCUCCAGUGGAUCCAUUACCCCGCAGGGCCAGAAGGCAAAUUACCCUCGUGCUUCCCCCUCUCUUGGACCCAGCGAG